CUCAUUUAGCGCGAUGGAGCACGGCGCCAAGUCGCCGAGCCACGAUGGCACGGUCGAGAUGGACUAUGCCAACGUCAUUGGCCACGACGUGCGCGCGCUGCAACACGACACACCUUUUUCCAACAACGAAGAAGCCAAGUCGCGGUACGUCCACUGGUUCCUCGGUGCUCCGGGCACCUUACUGGGCACACUCAUCGCGCUUGGCAUCGUCUUUGGAGUCGUGGAAGCCGCGGGCGACGACACUAACUUUGGCGUCGUCUACCACGACCACGCCAAGUACACGUACGCGGCGGGGUGCCUCUUUCUCCGCGCGCUCACGUGCAUCGUCGUGCCCAAGAUCGUGCUUGACGUUGCGCUCUCAUGUGCCGACGUUGUUCGCGCACGGCGCAUGUUUCAAUUCCGGCGGCGCAUCGUCGGUCUCGCGCUACUGACGACGCUGCUCGCAUCGGCGCAGGCGCUCGCAUGGGGUCUUCUUCUCGGCCACCAGUUUCGCGGCACACCGUACACGUUCCACUCCGCGGCACUGGGCUUUGCAUGCCCGCAUCUCGAGAGCAGCAACACGACUACUGCGCUCGCCAGCGUUGUUGUGGUCGACAAGGGAACGCUUGCGUGCAAACCCCAAGGCAAAAUCGCAUCCUUUGGCAUCGCCGAUGACGUGUUCAACAUUCGCAACGACAUCAAGCGCUGGACAACGUACGCGAGCGUCGGCGACGAGGUCCAAAGCGUGGUUCGUCGGCUCGUGCCCGACAACGUGGCGCUGGCGCUGCUCCACGGCGACGUCUCGGGGGCCGUCGCCUUUGCCAUCGUCUUGGGUAUUGCGCUCGGCGUCUACGACGACGCCGACGAGGCUGCUGCUGGCAGUACGAGCGAGAACCGCAUCGUCAAGGUGCUUCGCGAACUCAACGCGAUCUUUGAGAUCAUGAUGGGAUACGUGGUGACGACGACGCCGAUCGCGCUCAUUCCGCUGAUUGUCGGUCCGCUUAUCUCGGGCACGCACGGGUAUGCGGACUUUGCGCGUCUCGGGUAUUUCGCGCUGGCGUACUUGGCUGCGAUCGCCACCCACGGCCUCCUCGUGCUCCCCACCGUGCUUGUGCUCUCGACGUGCACCAACCCACUGCGGUGGUUCCAGCGUGUGCGCCACGCGCUGCUGUACGGCCUUGCCUGCAGCUCAUCGCGCCAAUCGCUGCCGUUGACGAUGCGGGCGCUCGACAAGCACGUGCGCACGCCACAGGCCGCGCGCUUUGGCGUCGUCGUCGGCACGACCCUCAACCGGAACGGCACGUCCAUCUACAUCUCGCUCUCGCUCGUUUGGCUCUUCUACAACGCGGGGCUCGAAGAUCGGUUGACGCCAAUCAAGGCGGGCUUGAUCCUUCUCUUCGGCGUACUUGGGUCCGUCGCGGCGGCACCCGUGCGCUCGGGCGGCAUUGCGAUCGUCGUGAGUUUCUGGGCCAUGCUCUCCGGUAUCCCGACUCCGUACGCGUACAGUCUCCUCCUCGUCGCCGAGUGCCUCAUGGACCCGCUGGCAACCAUGAUCAACAUGGCCGGCAACCUUGUCGUUGCCCACAUCGUGGCCAACGGAAACUCCGACAUCAUGUCCCGGCGAGGACGCACCUAAGUAUCCUACGUAUAGACAUUAAUACCUUAAUACACGCACAAUGCACUGGCAUUUCAGCAGAGGA